AUGGCAGCUCCCCAGGUCACAAAUGAACAAAUAAAGGAAAAGAAGGGUAGGCGAAGACGGAAGAAGAGAAGAACAGAGGAUUUUUCCGACUCCUCAUCUUCUUCUUCUUCACUGUCAGACGAGGAUACUCAUAUGGAUGAGUCCAAACAAAACGAUGAGAAUGAAACCGAAGCCGCAAUAGAAACCAUUGAGGAACCAACUUACGACGCAAAGAAAUCGACAGCUCCUGAACCAUUAACCUUAGAGCAACAGCGUCAUCUUCAAAGGAUCAAACUCACAACCACCGCCCCUACCCAGGGAAUAAAUAAUCGCAAUAUUGACAUGGAAGCUGCGAAGUCAACUAUCAACUCUGAUAGAGAGACCCUUGAGAACGAGUAUUUGAAAUUCAUGGCGUCCAGCUUUAGCGAGGAUUUGGACGAACUUCGUAAGAAACCUGAUUUCACCGACAAGUCAUUGGUACUCUUGGCCAAGACAUUGCAGUCGGGAGGAAGUCUUUUUGACGAAAACGAAUUAAAAGCAUUACUUGAGCAUUAA